AUGAUUCGGUCGCCACCGAGUAACUCCGCAGAGAAAUCGGAUCACCAUUCCGCACACAUCGACGACCUUCUUCGCAAUCUGCCGUUCUUAGCACGACAUUGCCACCCGCAGUACGCGCUUGAAGAUUCAAAGAUGCAGCGUCACAUAGCAUCUCGUGCGUAUCGGCUUCUGCCUCGAAAUGCGCAAUUCAUGCGUCAGCUCUGCGCCGAGGCGGCCCCUACCUCAUCGGCGUCAGACGCAAUAGGAAUACCUCCAGCCGACGGAGCCGCCACGGCAGAAUCGCCUCGAGUGCAGGCGAUUUUGGAUGAGCUGGUUCAAUUGAAUAUGCUGGAAGUUAAGCAGCUUACUGACGGGCUUAAGGACCGACUGGGAAUUGAUGACUCAAUGACCAUGCCAAUGAACCCGGCGAUGUUUGCUGGUAUGGUCCCGGGCGCGGGUGCUCCCGCAGAAGCAGCAGAGCCAGUCGUAGAGAAAUCGGCGUUCGAUCUAAAACUGGAGAAGUUCGAUGCAGCGAAGAAAAUCGCUGUAAUCAAAGAAAUCCGAUCAAUCACUGGGUUGGGGCUCAAGGAGGCAAAGGCUAUGGUGGAGGAGGCGCCCAAGGUAUUCAAAUCUGAAGUCGCGAAGGAAGAGGCGGAGCAAAUUCGUGACAAGCUUAAGGAGAUUGGUGCGGAGGUUAAGCUUGAGUAGGGGUUUUGGUAAAGACGCUACACGCUGCGUGGAUCUGAUGUCCAUCGUAGUUGCUUGUAAACAACUUUGCGAAUGA